AUGGCUGAUGAGCAAGAAAUCAUGUGCAAACUGGAAAGCAUCAAAGAGAUCAGGAAUAAGACUUUGCAGAUGGAGAAGAUCAAGGCACGCCUGAAGGCAGAGUUUGAAGCCCUGGAAUCGGAGGAGAGGCACCUGAAGGAAUACAAGCAGGAGAUGGACCUUCUGCUGCAGGAAAAGAUGGCCCAUGUGGAGGAGCUGCGGCUGAUCCAUGCUGACAUAAAUGUGAUGGAGAACACCAUCAAGCAGUCUGAGAAUGACCUCAAUAAGCUCUUGGAGUCCACUCGGCGCCUGCAUGAAGAGUACAAACCCCUGAAGGAGCACGUAGAUGCCCUACGGAUGACUCUGGGCUUGCAGAGGCUGCCAGAUCUGUGUGAGGAGGAAGAGAAACUCUCUCUUGAUUACUUUGAAAAGCAGAAAGCUGAAUGGCAGACAGAACCACAGGAACCUCCCAUUCCAGAAUCUCUGGCUGCAGCUGCAGCUGCUGCCCAACAGCUACAAGUGGCUAGGAAACAGGACACCAGACAGACAGCAACUUUCAGACAACAGCCACCUCCAAUGAAGGCCUGUUUAUCAUGUCACCAGCAAAUUCAUCGGAACGCACCGAUAUGUCCACUCUGCAAAGCAAAGAGCCGGUCUCGGAAUCCCAAAAAACCCAAGAGGAAACAGGAUGAGUGA